UGAUGUCACGAGCGCUCGCUGCCCGUGUACGUUCCAGCUAACUCUUGCUACGAUACCGAGCGCUCGCUCUACCGAGUGUCCGAAGAAAGAAAGAGAGAGGUUGCGGAGGUUAGCUACAAAAAUACUGAGAAAGAGAGAGAGAGAGAGAGAGAGAGCAACAAAGAGGGCAGAGGAAUAAUAACAGCCAUCAGUCUAAACCGUCAUAGCUCACGUUUAAUUGUUUAUUAUAUUCUGAAGAGGGGAACCAUCUUUUUAUUUGCACACGGAGUUUUUCCAGCACUCUCGUUUCGUUUCAGUCUGUUAUUAUAGUUUACUCGCAGUUUCCUUCAGACUGUGUGAGAUUGACUUUUAUCUCUGCCUCCAUGGACGCCCGUUUAAUCCAACUCAUUCGGUUUUUCGGGGAAUAUUUCUGUCCUGGACGCGAGGAGCACCAGUCAAAUGCGAUGACAUACGUCAACAUAUGAGCGGCGAUCCUACGGAAGGUUCAUUGAACGCGAAACAAACAUCACAAUACAAUUUCAAAGGAGACAGUGCGUUUGAAGGGGAUGAAGUAGAUCGCCUGCAUCUUUCUCAGUCGAGCGGACCCUACAGGACGUCAGUUCACUUCAGUUUUCUAAUGGGAACGAAAUCGGACUUUGAAUGCGAAUUUUAAACGCUUGUAAACACGGCGCGAGGCGUUCGUUCAACUGCCAAACUCAGCUUUUAGAGCUUUUCUACUUUUGACUGAAACAUUUGAUUGUCAACCAGCCCAACUGUCCAGUGAAAAGUUAUCAACUGCUUGAACCUGGACGAGGUGUUACACCGAGGAAUGUCCAGGCCAAUUUCUCAGCUAUUGCCACCUGACCGUCCAGCAGGGACCAGUCCACAGCUCGGUCCUGCUAACCCUGCAGGCACCACCACCAAUGGCCACCUGAAUAAUUCCAUGGCCAGUCUGAAAUCCCUUCUUCAACUGCCUAUUAAAGGGGACCAGAGAGGGAAAGACUGCUGUGAGAUGAAAGAUAAAGACAAACCUCUGGACUCUGAAGAGGAUUCGUCGGCUCCAGCUGGGGGCAUGAACGGUGGGAACGGCACCCUGCGUUCCACUAACCAGUCCGCCUUCCUCGGACCGUUGCUGUGGGAGCGUACGUUGCCGUGCGACGGCGGCCUGUUCCAGCUGCAGUACAUGGACCUGGAGGAGUUCUUGACGGAGAACGGGAUGGGGUGCAUGCCGUCGGGAAACACCUGCAGUACAGCCGCUCAGGUCCCUUCUCAGAGCACACAGUCGGCCGUACCCAGUCAGAGCUCCCAGUGCCCACCUUCAUCAUCUCCACCCUGUUCUUCCUCCGCCUCCUCCAUAUCUUCCCUCUCUUCGUCGUCUUCAUCAUCCUCUUUACUGGGUCUGGACGUACCGCAGGCCCCUGGACUGCUGGGAGGUCCGGAGUGUCUACAUGGGGCUCAAACUGUACCACCUGACCCUUCUCCGAGCCCGUCAUGCCCACCUCCGCCGGUGGUGCCACCCACCAAUGCGGCUGAUGUCAUGGUGAACUUUGAUCCUGACCCCGCUGACCUCGCCCUGUCCAGUGUGCCAGGUCAGGAGGCGUUUGACCCUCGCAGACAUCGCUUCACAGAGGAGGAGCUGAAGCCUCAGCCCAUGAUAAAGAAGGCCCGUAAGAUGCUGGUGCCAGAUAAUCAGAAGGACGACAGGUACUGGAACCGGCGCUACAAGAACAACGAGGCGGCGAAACGUUCUCGCGACGCCCGCCGGCUCAAGGAGAACCAGAUUUCAGUUCGAGCGGCAUUCCUGGAACGGGAGAACGCUGCCCUUCGACAAGAGGUCGCCGAUAUGCGAAAAGAGCUGGGCCGCUGUCGCAACAUCAUCAACAAAUACGAGAGCCGCCAUGGAGACUUAUGAAAAGGUGAAAGGAGAAACGGAAGCAAGAGAAAGACAAUUACUGCUUUUGAAAUAGAGUUUCAAGGGCUGUUGAACUCGUCCUGGAAUUGCAUUUUCUCAUAGCGAUUGCUUCGAAUGAGCACUUUCAGACUGUUCACAAAUUUCUUUUCGUACGUGCAGGGAUCGGUUGAAUUCACUGGGGCGGCGCUUAAUUGAAUCAAAUGCUUGAAAGUUGUGGUUCAAAGCUGAACAGCCCCAGCGUGAGGGAUGCGCACAAGGACUACAUGCAAGCACAAGCGUAUUUCAUAAGCGUCGGCUCUUUACCUAGGACACCACUCCAAACUUUGACUGUGGAUGUGCGAUCCAAUCUCUCUUAAAAUACUCACGGAUCAUAAAGGCCGAUAAUUUAUAAUGUCAUGUAGCCCUUGUAAACAUCCUCUUUCUAUACAGGAUGAUUUUCUCAGAGAGAGAAUUAUACAGGAGGUGGUAGAUAUGUCAUUUUUUUCUAUGACGAAAAAACAUUGUAUAUUUUUGAACUGUUAGGGUCAGCUAUAAUAAACUAGACGAAGAGGCGGAGGAGGGAACGCGGAUGGCAGCGAGAGUGAGAAAGAUUUUGACAUAGGAAAACUGUAUAUUUUUAUACUUGCAGAAGCAGGCAGGCGAUGAGAUUUUGGAAAUAAUCUUUUUUGUAUAUUUUAUAUAUGGGUGGGAGGGUUUGGGGAGCUGGACUGAAAGAGGGCUAUAUGAAGAAAAAAUCAGGAUCGUUAUCAUUAAAUGAUAUAUUUUCAACAUCAGGAGCAGCCAGGCAGGUCAGCAAGAACAAGACUUGAGGGACGAACGUCAGUAAGAGUAACGGAAAGAAAAAUAGUGAACAUGAAAACUGUAUAGUUAAAUUUUUUUCAUCAUGGAUUUGUUUAAGCACUUGUUUUGGUAUCUUUGAUUCCUUUUCUUAAAAUUCAAUGUUUGUGUUUGUUUUAUCCUGAGGUGAGAGAGAGACAGAGAAAGAGAGAGAGAGAACAGUGGCAUUACAUCAUGUCACUAUGUCUGGGAAGGUUUUUUCAUGUAUAUAUUUAAAUGUUAAAGCAAAUACGUCCACAUGCGCACACACACACACACUCUUUUUGACACAAACUGGACGUGGGUUUCUAUGGCCAGUACAAUAUAUAAAUAUAUAUGCACAAACAGACUCUUUGAAGACGUGAACCACAGAACUGUUAAACACAGCAAUAUUAUUUCUCUCUCUCUUUCUCUCUUCCUCGAGCUUUUGACGUUGUGAUCGGUGCUGGUUUGGCAUUUCUCACCCAGGUCAGCGAGUGAGUUGCAUGCUGGCGCAUGCAUAUUUUUCUGGUGCAGGAAAAUGCAUUAUUUUUUUAUGGUGCUCACCCAGUCUCUUGACCCAAACGCACAUAAUCCAACAGUUAUAACCUGUUUGCCUAUAACCUUUGCUCUAUUUUGAUUUUUUAUGAUUAUUGAUCGGUGUAUGAGGAAUCGUGUAUGUAUAUAUAUAUAUAUAUAUAUAUAUAUAUAUAUAGACAGUCACAAGUAUACCUAUACCUCCUCAAAAAUUAACCCCACAUCCCCAAAAAAAGACAUGCACCCUAAUACUACUGUACCAUACAAAGUACAAUAUUAUAUUAUAUAUUAAAUAUUGAACUAUUCUCUCACUAGAUAUAUGUGUGUACAUGAGUAUAUGCUUGAAUAUGUGACUAUAGAUGUAAUUUGCAUAACUUGAAUAUAUAAAUGUAGUAUCUUUCCGAUAAAAAAGAUAGAUCUGAUUUCUUAUCAGUUUUCUCAGGUGUCUGGGAUGACUAUAAAAAAAACACGCCAUGCUGAUCAGCGAAACUGUGGCUUCUUUUUUGCUUGAUUGUUGUCCAAUUUGGAGCCAACUAAUGGUGGCUGUAUAAUUCCACAGAAAUGAAUAGUGCACUACCUUACCUAACUCUUUUUGGAGGAAGAUUCUGUUAAAAAAAAAUUGAAAGGAAAAAAAAAAAAACAGUGCUGGAUAUAUAACUUUAUUAUAUUAAUGAUAGGAAUUAAAUGUAUUUUCCUUUUGAACCUUGUUGUUCUAUUAUUACGAUUGCUUGCAAUAUCAUUGCUGUUGUUAUGAUUAUAAUUCUCACGUUUCUUUUCACUGUUUUCUCGCAACAACUUACUUUUCAAAGGAAAUGUGUUGCUCUCUUACCUCCCUUGUAACUGCAAGACCAUCUUGAAUUACUCAGUCGAGCCCGUUCACUGUUGGAACCAUCCACCGGGACUGUGCAAGGCCUCAAGUGCAAUGGGGGGGUCAACGCAAUCUUGUCCUUCUGUGUAUGAAUUUGAUAUAACCUGAAACAAACAAAUAGUAGACUUGACUGUUCCUUUCUCUUGACAGAACUUCUACCACUUUUGACUCUUUUUGAUGCCAUGUCAGAAACGUACAGUUUGUUAAAAAGAAGUGAAGAUUGAAACCUUAAA